AAUUCGGACUCUAGCCGACACCAAAGGGUUUGGGAUAUUUAUUACAUUCAUAUAUGAUAAUCGGCAUAAUGAAUAACUUGAUGAAGUUAUCAUGAUUUAAGCAGUUACGGUGAAUGAAUGCUGAUGAAUACUAACUCGGUUCACUCACAUUCCUGUAAUCCAUAUAAUUCUCAUUUAAUUUUUUGGGGGGGGAAACAGUUAAAGAGUAGUGAGUAAAACUUUCUAAUUUUGUCAUCCUUCCAUUAAAUUGUAGCCAAAUUGCAUCUCUUCCGGUUGUUUCUGUUGUUCUGUUGUUUGGCUACUUAUUCCACAAAAGUGGAGAAGAAGGUUAUAACUGACAAAAGUUUACAGCAGACUCUGUGGCUUGCAAGUCAAGCAAGUCAAGCAAACCCCUCAUUUGCAAAUGUCAAGCAAGCCACAUUUGCAAAUGAGGGGAAACACGUUUGUUACACCCAUAAAAUCAGCAGGUUAUAUAUCUGUGUGUGGUUUCAUUUAUUUAUCUAUUUCCUUUCUUCUUCUGGUUUUUACUUUUUACAAUCAUAGGAUGAUGUAUGCCUGUGUGUGGGUUGGUUGUUGCUCUGAAGUCAUACUCCUUCUUGUACCUCUGACCACGGAAGCAUGCUGCUUAAAGCAAAACUGGGAGGUGUGCAGAAAUUUGCUAGAGUAUCUGAGCCAAGCCUUGAGGAAUUUUGAUUGCCGCAUUUGCAAAGUUUGGUGUGCCAGCUGUAACAAAAGGAGUGAAAGUUUUUGAUAGUUCAGGGACUGAGUUGGAUGAUGAUGUAUUUGAGGAUAUAGUAACAGAUCCCUCAACUGGGGUACUAACCAUCAAAUAUGAAAAAGGUUUGUUUGAGUGAUAUGUGUUUCACUGGAUGUCAUUUUUUUAGUAUCAUUAUUACAUUGUUUAUUAAAAAGAGUUUAUAAAAUGUGUCUAUGGAGGGACCAUGUAAACCCAUUUGUUUUGCUCCUGUUUUUGAGGUCUGGAAACAGCUGCUGCAGAAGUGUCUCCUGAGCAGUCCCAGUUAUCAUUGCCACAUUCAUCAGAUUCACAGGAUACGGUCAUCCUUUCAGACAGCCCUUUAGGAAACGUCAGAAGCUGGAUGUAGAAGAUAAGCAAUUGGUGGAAUCGAUUCUCACCAGCAAACCUGGUGGAGAAUAUAUAAUAAAUGAAUACAAUCGGACCAAGUCCCUGGUGGAUGAAACCAGAAGAAAAACAUACUGGUCAACAUACUGGUAGCUGACUUGACAGAAAAAAAUGGUACAUCACCACCACGACAGGUAAAAGAAAUGUAUGCCAGAGGAAUUGUAACCUUUUUCCCUUACCUCAGUGGCCCGUACUCCAAAAAUGGCUAUGAACAUUAUCAUGAUGGUGAGAGUGGCACUGGGUACUUGGCCUGGAGGAUUAAAGCCAUACAGAGAUGCACUGCUAAAGGGAGGCCAUUAUCAUCUGGAGCACCAGGAGAUGGAUCAUCGGGUGAAGACCAGUGUGGUGGACCAACUGUCAGACGAGAGUUGCAGUUUGUUACAGAGAAGUUACUGAGUGAGGAUGAGUGCAGGGAAGCAAUCUCUCUGAUGAACAAUUCAGCUGAUGAAGACACAGUCAAGAAGAAGAUGUUGACAUUUGUUUAUCGACAUAACAUGGUCCUUGACCCCCUGCUGUCAAGCAACGUACUGUCUGUUUUUCCACGUUUCAAAGAUAUCAAAGGCUUGAUUGAACAGGAUUUUGUACUGAUGUUUGGUGAGGAUGUAUCAGGCAGGUUGCUGGAGAGGUGGCCAACAACAUUCAAAAGAAAGAUUAUCCAACAAGGCAGAAAGCUUCCUUCUACCAGUGACCUGAAAGAACUCUUGCUGGCAGCUGACUCACCUGAGGAUGCCACUGAAGUUAAUGCUGACAUUGGUGACCAGGAAAGGUAUCAACUUCUCAAGCAGAAAGGCGUCUUGUGGUCUUCAAGAAGACUGAAACAAAUAUCCAAGAGCACCUUGAUGCCAUCACUACCAGCACUCAACCCUACCUCCUGGCUGUUGGGGUGAAAAAGAAUGACAUCCACCGGUUCUUCAUUAUUCUUGACAAGAAUGCCAUACCAUGCAAGUCUACCUCUUCACUUGGUGCUUUUGAUGAACUGUUUAAAGCACAUUUUGUGUUUGGCACAUCUUACAACACUAUGCUUCACAACAUGCACACGUUCAUCCCAACCACAGGUUUUAGAAAACAUUUAAAUACCAAACACCUUAACUAUUUUGACCAACAGGCUGACACUGAUGUUAAUCUACAGCCUGAUGUGGCAGUUAAAGAAGUUAGCACUACAGGGGAGGUGAUGUUAACUAAUGUAGAAGAAACACCCACAACAUGUGAAAAGUUGAAAAGGUCAAAUAAGAGCACUUUGGAUAUGUGUGCCUCUGCUGUUGCACAGCUCAGGGCAGCUGGAUUAAGCCAAUCUACUGUGAAUAGUUUUGUCUCCUCAAUGUGUGUGUGUUUUUUGAGAUUCAUACUCAGGCUAAAGAUGCAGCCUUACAGAUUGUACCUUCACAGUACACCACAAGUAAAAAUAAAUAUAAUAGUAAUAAAAUAAAGCAUUGGGAGUCCUUUAGCCUGGAAAGAUUAGCUUUAGGACCAGGAAAGAUGGUGACACUUGGAGAGCUGGAAGAAGGUCCAGAAAUUGCUUCGAGCUGUAUUGUCUACCAGUUUGUUUUCAGCUAAGUGGAUAAAACAUCAUGGUACAGAGUACCGCCUUGACUUUAUCAUCUGUAGUGUCUGAGAUUCCGUUUUUUUGUAAGAUCAAAAGUAUUGUUGUGAAAGAUGACAUUGUAUUGCUCUGCGGAAAACUGAUGGAAACCCUGUGUUUUGAUGACCAUUAUCAUGCAUUUAGGGUCAGAGUAUAUCCCAAUAUGGUGCUGAAGGUGUUGAACAUAAAUCAGCUGUGUUGCUUCUUCAAAUGAAGUAUGGCAUUUCAGAUUCCUCCCUGUAUGUCGUUCCAUAUUGCCGUUUUAUGCCGAACUAAAUUCAUUGUUUUAAAGUGUUUUAUACACUACAUGAGAUUUUUUUUAUAUUUUGAGCCUGACAUCAAAAAAUAAAGCUGUUAAAUGUAA